AUGGACCGAAUAAGACAUACUAUUAACGAUAUCAAUAUGAGACGGUUGGAGCUCCAACUUGGGUUUCGAAUUCGAGAAAAGAUCAAUUCCAUCACUUCCGUCGUGUAUCCUUAUGUCAUAAUCCUUAUACCUAGCUUUAGAAUCGCCCAUUAUGUAUAUAUUAUUUCCCUUACUUUUAUUGGAUCUGUCAUUAUAUUCCCCAUUAAGAAUAUAAAGUAUAUUGAUGCAUUAUUCUUUACAGCAGGAGCGUCUACUCAAGCCGGUCUAAAUACGAUCGAUACGAAUUUAUUAGAUUUAUAUCAACAAAUUACAAUCUACACACUAACUUUCUUUGCUACACCUAUAUUUAUCCAUAGUUCAUUAUUAUUCAUUAGACUUUAUUAUUUUGAAAGACACUUUGAUAAUAUCAAACAGAUAUCCAAACAGAACUUCCAAAUGAGAAGGUCAGCAACUUUAGCAGCUCAAAGAACUGCAUCUAUUAUGUUAGACCCAACACAACGAAAUACCGUAAACAAUCAGGGUUUAGGAUUCUCUGAAAGUCAACAUCGGCAUAAUCCUGUACCGGAGAUAUAUGUCAAUAAUAAGGAUCAAACCAAUCAUAUUGAUGUUAAUGAUAAAGAAGUGGCCGAUACAAAUUCAUCACCACAAUCAUCAUCAUCUCAUCAUGAUCAAGGUGGGGAGUUAGUUCAUGUCAGUGAACCUUCCGAUACCGAUGAAGAUCCGCAUCAUCAGACAUAUAGACCCCAAGAUGAGGCUGCUGAUACCAACGAUCAAGUCAAGUUUGGUAAUCUUCCGCAGCCUCCACCUAAGCGAAAGAGAGACAUUGAUCCAUCACAGAUGUACAUGUCCAUCGCUAUCCGUCACCGCCAUGGCCGAGACCAAGACGACGAGGAUGUCGAUGAUGAUGAUGAUGACGAACUUAUCAUCAGACCUCCCAACGAGAUUGAAAACAGUGACUCUUCCAAGCCAAUCUUCAUCAAGAAGAUCAAACCUAAGCAUUUACUUCGUCCUAGACCCAGAAGAAGAAUGUCACUGUCUUCCACUAAGAAAUGGAAGUUAAAGUCUCGAUUGAAAAAGACUCUCUCCAACACCAACACUACCAACAUGCAUUAUUUAACUCCGUCUAAACAUCAACGAUACGAAGAUGAUGAGGAGGAAUUUGACGACGACCGGUCCAUUGACUCUGAGAACGAGUCGUCAAGAAGACACAGUCGAGUGAUUGACGAUGAUGAGGAUGGUGAAGGAGAUGACGAGAAUGAUGAGGAUGAAGAUGAAGAUGAAGAAGAUGAAGAGGAUGAUAGUGCCGUAGUAGAUGAUGACGAUGACGAUGAGGAAGAUCAACAUAUCAAUAAGGCCCAAUCCCAUUUGGUUGUCCCUUCAUUAGAUCAGACUGGAGGUAAGAAAUUCAGUAAGAGAUCCAAUACUUUAGAUGUAUCAUCUCCUACUACCGACCGUAAGUCUUCAUUCAUUAAAUCACCCACCUUUGAGCGGAUGAUGAAGAUGAAGAGAACCAAAGAUGCCAGACAUAAGAAACGUUUGAAUAGAGUUAAGACUCCCUAUAGUCUCUUUGGCACUGGAGAUACUACCACUGCUCGUCCAACUCGGACAUCUACUGGAUCAUAUGAUUCAUCUAAUGAUUCCUCUGACUUUGAUGAAGAAUCAGCAUACUAUAAUGGUGAACUCGAUGGUAGUUCUCUUAGUAAAGUUAUGAGUACUAAUUACUUAUCGUGGGUCCCCACUGUGGGAAGAAACUCGACAUUUGUUAAAUUGACUCAAGCUCAAAAGGAAGAAUUAGGAGGCGUUGAAUAUCGGGCUAUUAAGCUUCUUAUUAAGAUUUUGAUAUUCUACUAUGUGGGAUUCCAUAUCAUUUCAAUUGCCUUCUUCUUGGGAUUUAUUUUAAUCAUGAAGAGUUAUGGAGGAGGAGUUAGAGAACAAGGUAUAUCUCCUACUUGGUGGGCAUUCUUUACUGCCCAGUCAACCUUCAAUGAUUUGGGUAUCACACUUACUAAUAACUCCAUGUCCAACUUCUCCAGAUCUCCAUAUGUUUUACUUAUUGCUUCCUUCUUUAUUGUCAUUGGUAAUACAGGAUUCCCUAUCUUCUUACGAUUCAUUAUUUGGAUUCUCUUUAAAUUUGCCAAACCCUUAUCAUUGUAUAAGGAAUCACUUGGGUUCCUAUUGGAUCAUCCCCGUCGGUGCUUUACAUUAUUGUUUCCCUCGGUUCCUACUUGGUGGUUACUAUUCAUUUUAGUGGUACUUAACUCUGUAGAUUUAGUAUUGUUCAUUGUGCUUGAUUUAAAUAAUCCUUAUUUGAAUCAAAUCCCAGUGGGGUACCGAAUUCUCGAUGGUUUUUUUCAAGCUAUCAGUACAAGAACUGCUGGAUUCUCAGUAGUUAAUUUAGCUGAAUUACAUCCUGCUGUUCAAGUUAGUUAUAUGAUCAUGAUGUAUAUUUCAGUAUUACCAUUGGCUAUCUCCAUUAGACGGACUAAUGUUUAUGAAGAACAAUCACUUGGAGUGUAUUUAAAGGAUGAAGUUAAUAAUGUUCAAGAAGAUUUAGAGAAAACUCCCACUACAUUUAUAGGAGCCCAUUUACGAAACCAAUUGUCAUUUGACUUGUGGUUUAUCUUUCUUGGAUUAUUUGUUAUCUGUAUAGCCGAGGGAGGUAAAUUGAAUAAUGGGAAUAUUAACUUUACAGUAUUUACAAUAUUGUUUGAGAUUAUUAGUGCCUAUGGUACAGUAGGAUUAUCAUUAGGAUAUCCUGGAAUUAAUGCUUCUUUAUCGGCUGAGUUCUCGACACUUUCUAAAUUAGUUAUCAUUGCUAUGAUGAUUAGAGGUAGACAUAGAGGGUUGCCAUACGCAUUGGAUAGAGCUAUUAUGUUACCCGAUGCUGAUAUGCAUCGUCGUGAUGAAGUGCAAGAACAUCAUGCCAUUAGACGUCAAGCCACUAUGGAAAGAGCCAAUACUUGGGCGACAUCAGCUCUGGGAAAUGAUGCUAAUCUUCUUAGCAGAGUCAUUACCAAUACUGGUAAUAUGUUGAGACGGCGUAGUUCAGGUGCCAGUACCAUGUCGCCCAAUUAUAGACGACAUUCAUUUGGGUCUGGCUACCAGCAGCGCCAUCACCCGCACCAUCAUCACCACCACCACCACCAACAACAACAACAACAACCACUACAACAAGUGCACACAAAUACACCCCAUUACACAGUAGAGUCGGACGUAGAGUUAGACCAUUUGGUCUCGUGAUACUUUCAGUUCUUCAGUUACACUGCACUUCCAUUAAUAUACA